UGGUUUCUUUUUUUGUAGCAGAGGUUUUUCAACACAUUAGAUCAAAGACAGGACUUCGAACCACGUGUGAAGCACGAUGCAUUCAUCUGAAGUCCUAGGAGAGAAACAAAGUGGAAAGAAGUCAAGAAAGUCCUUGGGAGAUAUUCAAGGAGAUUCAGACUUUGUGUUGGAGCCAUCAGAAAAACCAGUAGCAAAAUUGGACUGUUCACAAUGGCCACUGUUACUAAAGAAUUUUGACAAGUUGAACACAAGGACAAAUCAUUAUACACCUCUUCCAAGUGGUUGUUCACCAUUGAAGAGGCCAAUUAAAGAUUAUAUUCAUGGCGGUUUUAUUAAUCUUGACAAGCCAUCUAACCCCAGCUCUCACGAAGUAGUUGCCUGGAUUAAGAGGAUUCUAAGAUGUGAAAAGACGGGUCAUUCAGGAACAUUGGACCCUAAAGUUACAGGGUGUUUGAUUGUUUGCAUUGAUCGUGCUACAAGGCUGGUCAAAUCUCAGCAGGGAGCUGGCAAAGAGUACGUUGCUAUAUUUAAGCUUCAUUCUGCAGUUGAAGAUAAUAAUCAGAUUCCCCGAGCUCUUGAGAAGUUGACUGGAGCUUUGUUCCAGCGUCCGCCACUGAUCUCGGCUGUUAAGCGACAACUUCGUGUGCGAACCAUUUACGAGAGUAAAUUUUACGAGUACGAUGCCGAGAGACAAAUGGGUAUCUAUUGGGUUAGCUGUGAAGCCGGAACUUACGUUCGUACCCACUGUGUCCAUCUCGGUUUGGUGCUAGGCGUAGGAGCCCAGAUGGCGGAACUCAGAAGAGUUCGUUCUGGUAUCCAAAGUGAAAAAGAAGGGUUAAUGACUAUGCACGAUGUAAUCGAUGCGCAGUGGUUACAUGAUAAUCAUAAGGACGAAACAUAUCUGCGGCGGGUUAUUCGUCCAUUAGAGGCAUUGAUGAUGUCUCACAAGCGAAUAAUCAUGAAAGACAGUGCUGUUAAUGCCGUUUGCUAUGGAGCUAAAAUCAUGUUGCCUGGUGUAUUGCGGUACGAAAAUGGUAUCGAACUAAAUGAAGAGAUUGUCAUAGUAACAACCAAAGGUGAAGCAGUGGCUCUCGCUAUUGCUUUGAUGACGACAACAACCAUGGCUUCAUGUGAUCAUGGCAUUGUUGCCAAAAUUAAACGUGUUGUCAUGGAGCGUGACACUUAUCCCAGGAAAUGGGGACUUGGACCUAAAGCUUCCGUCAAGAAGGGUAUGGUGAAACAAGGACUCUUGGAUAAGUUUGGUAAACCUAAUGACAAGACACCUAAAGAUUGGUUGACUUCUUAUGUAGACCUAAACGUUAAAAAAGAAAAGGUUGAACCAACUGAAGAUGCUGAGGCACGAAAAAGAAAGUUGAGUGAAACGGGCGCCGUUGCUGAUCCGUUGUCAGAAUCCAUGACGGAAACCAAGGAGAAGAAAAAGAAGAAAAAGGACAAAGAUCGGGAGCCGCAGGGUAAUGAAAGCAUUCUUGAUGCUACCGUAGAAUCGGUUCCUGAAACCAAAGAGAAGAAAAAGAAGAAGAAAGAUAAAACAGCUGAAAAUGAAGACCUUUCAAUUGCAAUGGACACAUCAACAAACAAGGAGGAGUCUGCCAAGAAAAAAAAGAAAAAGAAAGAUGUCGAUCGGGAAGAUGAUUAAUUAUAAUUGAAAUAAUUUGUAAUAUUAUGUUUGCAAGAAAAUUCGAAAAUACAAUUCAUUUCAUUUUUA